AUGGGGGCCGCCUUCGCUGCGCUCGGCAGCUUUUUAGCCAAUCGACGCCGCCUUCGCUGCGCUCGGCAGCCAGUAGAACGCGCACGGACAACACACUCCACUAGGGGGGAGGUGGAGGACUUGGAGCUGACACUGAAGCAGUGGCUGGAAAUUCGAAGCCAGCGGAGACCUUCCGGCGGACGGGACAUCACUGAACAAUCCGGUACAACGAUCGAUAAAACUGUGGACGCAGCUCCUGCUGUGUGGGAGGAGAUAUGUAAGAAUCAACUCUGUCGGCGACUUAAAGCUGAACGAGAAAAUACUCGCCUAAAGAGUCAGUACGACGAAGAAAUGCAAGUCGCUAAGAAGCGGAAUGCGACCCAGCCCGAGGCUGUCAGACAUGUCCGCCGUACGAAUCUCCCACCAGGAUACAUGAAACGUAUCGCGGCAGCUCUUUUCGAAGAACUUUCCGCGGGUCUCGAAGUCUGUUAUCUCUUGGACGAGUCAGUACUUGGCACGAACACUUGUAUUCCUCCCAGUAUGGCAUCUCGAAUGCCACUGUUACGUGGAGGAGUGCAGGGUGAAGAGAUGACACUCUUCGAUCGAAGGGUGCUACCUUUCGGUGCGCAUGCCACUGGCGAGGCUUGGUGGCGAUACUUGCACAACUACAGAGGCCACAAGGAGGAGAUCUCCACUAACGUGGUUGUGGAGUGUUUUGGAGUGGAGAUGAAGGACUGCAAGGCCAAUACUUCUGUCACAUCUUACGGACAGCAAAUAGUACGGCGAGAUGUGGAACCGGACCGCAUCGUGUACGUCUGGAACGCGUAUCUCGAGCCGUUUCUAUUCGACAAUGAACAAGUCGGCGGCAUUUACUUCUUGGAGCAAUGCCACUUGAUCAUCAAGCCGGAAGAUGAGGACAAUGGAGACGAGGUUUCCUCAUGCAUGUCAAGCUGUUAUGCUGUCACGCCGUAUUUUAUGGAUGCAGCUCUACAGAGUGACCCAAGAGCAGCAGCUCUCGUCGAUUUCUUGGUGGGCGCACUGUUCUUCCAUAUGAAGGCCCAUAACGAUAUGGUCGAGGACCUACUGCUGGAUCAAGCUCUGCAAAAACGUAGCCUCUUGGAGAUCCGCUUUAAGAACCUCACGCUAAGUGCAGACAUGGUGGAGGUUGAUACCGACGAGAAGGCGGAGCUCCCGACCAUCACCAACUACGUCAAACAUCGCUAUGGCAGCUGUUGCUCCAAGAAGAUAACGACACGUCGAGAGAUCUUGAAAAAUAUCAGCGGCGUCUUCAAGCCCGGAACUAUGACACUUGUGCUCGGACAACCUGGGUCUGGCAAAUCGGCUCUCAUGAAGGUGCUGAGUGGAAGGUUCCCUAUGGACAAGAACGUCAUGCUACAGGGUGACAUCACCUACAACGGCAUGCCACACAAAGAGCUACUACCUCAGCUGCCGCAACUCGUCUCGUACGUAGGGCAAACGGAUCAGCAUUUCCCCAUGCUGUCCGUACGUGAGACGCUCGAGUUUGCUCACGCCUUCAGCGGCCCACAACGUCUUAAUGAUGGAAUACCAGAACGUAAUCAAGCUGCUCUGGUAGCUCGAGCCAUAUCCAACAACUACCCCACCAUCGUCAUCCAACAACUUGGUCUUCAAGUUUGUCAGAAUACUCUUGUGGGUGACAAUAUGAUACGAGGUAUCUCGGGUGGCGAGAAGAAGCGCCUGACAACGGGAGAGAUGGAGUUUGGCAACAAGGUCGUGUGUAUGAUGGACGAGAUCAGCACUGGACUGGAUAGUGCCGCUACGUUUGACAUCAUCAACAUGCACCGUAGCGUCGCCAAGAAACGCCAGAAGACCGUCGUCAUCUCGCUACUGCAACCAUCCCCCGAAGUCUUCGCUCUGUUCGACAACAUCCUUCUUCUGAACGAUGGAGAAGUCCUCUAUCAUGGUCCGCGCAAUCAAGUCGUUGAAUACUUCAAAGGUCUUGGGUUUGAAUGCCCUCCACGUCGUGACAUCGCCGAAUUUCUAGUGGAUCUCUGCAGUGACGAACAAUACAAAUACCAAGUCAAUCUACACGGCAAGACGCAUCCACAGCAACCCGUCGAGUUCGCCGAAUCGUUCGCACACUCGGAGAUUCGUAUUGCGACGCUAACGGAGCUGUACACUCCGGUGUCUCCAGGUCUACUUGAAGAUAUGGAAGCUUACCUGAAACUCUUACCGGAAUUCCACCAGUCUUUCUGGACUAGUACCUGGACGCUCAUGCGACGUCAGCUGCUAGUGACAGUCCGGAACAAGGCGUUUCUUCGCGGUAAGGCGGUACUGCUCGUUCUCAUGGGUCUUCUCUACGCUAGUGUCUUCUAUCAGUUCGACUUUGAAGACGUUCAGGUGGUGAUGGGCAUCAUUUUCUUCUCCAUCAUGUACCUCGCUCUAGCGCAGACCCCCAUGCUCCCGGUUUAUUUCGCAGCGCGCGACGUAUUCUACAAGCAACGACGCGCUAAUUUUUACCGUACAGCGAGUUACGUGGUCUCCAUGAGUGUCAGUCAGAUCCCUAUGACGUUGGUGGAGAGUCUUGUAUUCGGGACAUUGGUGUACUGGUUGUGUGGCUUCGUGCAGACUGCGGGGGCGUAUAUUUUGUUCGAGUUGUUGCUGUUCUUGACCAAUUUGGCCUUCUCGGCCUUUUUCUUCUACGUUUCGUGCGUCACGGUGGAUGUCCAUGUAGCCAAGCCGUUAGCGAUGGUAUCGCUGUUAAUUUCGAUCUUAUUUUCGGGCUUCGUAGUUAUCCGGACGAAGAUCCCGACCUGGUUCAUCUGGAUCUACUGGCUCGACCCCAUCUCGUGGGGACUUCGCAGUCUGGCUGUUAGUCAGUAUCGUCAUGACGAGUUCGAUCAGUGUGUGGUGACUAUGAACGGCACCGAUUACUGCGCUGAAUACGGGAUGACUAUGGGCGAAUAUUACUUGAAGUUCUACGAUAUCCAGACGGAGCGAGCUUGGAUCGGGUACGGAAUUGUCUUUAACCUUGUUAUCUACUUCCUCUGCAUGUUCCUCGCUUAUCGAGCGUUAGAAUUCAACCGUAUCGAGACACCGACAACCCUCGUGGCACCUAAGAAGAAGCUGACAACCGACUACGUUCAACUGACAACACCAAAGGCCCAAGAAGGUAAAAUACGAGGUGAAAUAUCGGUAUUGUUGUCGACUCGAGAAAAGAACUUUGUACCCGUUACGGUAGCGUUCCGAGACUUGUGGUACACAGUCCCGAACCCACGAACCAAGACCGACUCUAUCGAGUUACUAAAGGGUGUAUCAGGGUACGCACUUCCAGGCCAAAUGACAGCACUUAUGGGUGCAACUGGAGCUGGCAAGACGACGCUAAUGGACGUGAUUGCUGGUCGGAAAACAGGGGGAAAAGUUCGAGGCGAGAUCUUGUUGAACGGCUUUCCCGCUACGGACUUGGCGAUCAGACGUUGCACGGGGUACUGCGAGCAGAUCGAUGUUCACGCAGACUCGGCUACGAUUCUGGAGGCCUUGACGCUCAGUGCAUUCUUACGUCAAGGUAGCGACGUAUCAUCUGAAAGCAAGUAUGAUUCCGUGACGGAAUGUCUGGAGCUUCUCGAGUUGGAUUCGAUCGCUGAUCGAUGUGUACGUGGUUGCUCAGUGGAGCAGUUGCAGCGCUUAACUAUUGGCGUGGAACUCGCAGCUCAGCCGAGUGUCCUCUUCCUCGAUGAACCGACUAGUGGACUGGACGCUCGUGCGGCUAAAGUCAUUAUGGACGGGGUACGGAAGGUGGCUAAUACCGGAAGAACUAUCCUGUGUACGAUCCACCAGCCGUCCACUGAAGUCUUCAUGCUUUUUGAUAGUCUACUGCUACUUAAGCAAGGGGGCGAGACGGUAUUUUACGGCGAUCUCGGUGAUCGUUGCCGUAACCUCAUCGACUACUUUGAGGGUAUCCCUCACGUACCCAAGCUCCCAGAUGAAUAUAACCCAGCUACGUGGAUGCUGGAGGUUAUUGGUGCUGGUGUGGACCACUCUGUCGACAUGAAUGUGAAUUUUGUUCAGGAAUUUCACGAUAGUAGUCUCAAAACCACGUUGAACCGGAACUUGAGUAAGGAAGGCGUGGCUGUGCCGGUGUCGGGCCAAGACGAACUCUCCUUUACCAACAAACGUGCAGCCAGUAACGUGACACAGCUGCACAUGGUUACUCAACGUUUCUUCCGGAUGUACUGGCGCAUACCGACGUAUAACUGGACACGUAUAGUGGUGUAUACUGUCAUGGGACUUCUUUUCGGACUGGUAUUUGUUGACGCCAACUAUACGACGUACCAGGAAGUAAACAGCGGACUCGGGAUGAUCUUCUGCACCACCGCAUUCCUCGGUAUCGUAUCACUGAAUAGCGCUGUGCCAGUGACUUCGGAGCAACGCGCUUCAUUCUAUCGCGAACGAGCGUCGCAGAGUUACAAUUCCUUCUGGUAUUUCCUGGGUUUUACGCUCGCUGAGAUCCCGUAUGUACUCGUAUCAAGUCUGAUCUUCACUGUAACCUGCUUGCCUCUAGCAGGCUUCACUGACAUCGGAGACCUCGCUUUCUACUGGCUAAACCUGACUCUCCACGUACUGUGCCAGAUCUACUUAGGUCAACUGCUGUCGUUUGCUAUGCCGAGUAUGGAGGUUGCGGCGUUGCUGGGCGUUCUCUUCAACUCCAUCUUCGUUCUCUUCAUGGGUUUCAACCCACCAGCUAGUGCCAUCCCACAAGGCUACAGGUGGCUCUUCGAUAUCACUCCACAGCGCUACUCUCUCAUGCUCUUCACUGCACUACUCUUUGGCAAUUGUCCGGAUGAAGACUAUACGCAAGUGACCCAGUCUUUAAAAACGGGUGUGUCAGUGGACAUGACCGAAUUCCCGAGAGGUUGCCAGAUUCUGGAGAACGCACCUCAAGCUGUGGGCAGAAUUCCAAUUCGAAGCUACCUGGACAUCGUGUUUGAUAUCCGACACGACGAUAUUCGCUACUACAUGCUGAUCAACUUCGUCAUGAUGUUGGUGCUACGGCUCCUCGCACUACUCGCACUGCGAUUUAUCAACCACCAAAAGAAGUAA